GAGAUGAGCUAGUCGCAGAUGAACCUUGCUUUCACGCGGACGCACUAGACCGACGGUGUGUGCGUGCGUGCGUGUGUGUCUGUACGGUUGUGGUACGGUUUUGCGAAAACGGCAUCUUCCUAUUACGCGCAUACACACAAGCACACACACACACACGCACACAGGGAGCGAACACACACGCACACAUUUACAUCACCUAUCCACGAAUAUUUUGUGAAGCGUCCCGGUGUGACAGAGUGUUCUUUUUUUUAUUACUGUGCGUUUAGCAACUUUUUUCCUUCCACUUUUGGAAAUGGUUGUUUUAUCCCCCUUUUUUGUUGUAUCCCCUUUGAUGACGCGUUCUAUUUGUGUCCCAUUCCCAUGAUAGUGGUCUGAGCAAUAAAGAGUGUUGUGUUGAAUGCGUAGCGAUUGGCGUUGGCUUUGAAAAUGAACGCAGAGCGUGGUGUGUAAAUAAAAGAAGCGUUUUUGGUGGACUGGUGGAGGCGCAUGGUCGCUCGAACCGUUUAGUGUUUCGUUCGGUUCCGUUUUUCCCCCUGCUCUGAUAAGCUCACGUGUUUUUGUCUCGACAGCCCCGAAAGGUGCUUUGUUUGGGUAGGCGUUAUCAACAAGUAAACGGUUAAUGGUGGUGGAGUGUGUGCUUUUUAUUUUAAAGAAAUAAUACUAAAAAACGUGUUAACCACCAGCCUUGUGAAAGCUAAUUGCGAGUGUAGAAAACGAUAAAAAAAUACAAAGUGAAAUUCGUGUCGAAGCUGCUCUACCUUGAGAAAAAUCUUCCUCCAAAACCCUGCUAAACCCUUUGGAAUACAGACCCAGCCGAGUGUAAAGACACAAACCAGUUGAUUCACCACACGAUGUGCAGCACGAUGGGCAGCUUUGGUCGGUCCAGACGCAGGCUGACGCACCCACCGACACGAAGCGACAGCUUGCUGCUAUAGUAAUGGUACUGGCGGACAAUAACGUGUUCGAAGUGGACUAGUGAUAAUUAGAGUAGCGGUGUGCCGGUGUUUGCAGCUUCACCAACGGUUUUUCAGUUCGCAACCGGUCCUAAGGGAGUGAAGUCCACCCAACCCAAAGUGUUUCGUCUGCUUACAAUGUGCUGCUCGAUUGCGAGAUUGGUUGCGCUCAAGGAGUAUGCUACCGAACGGCAAGUCUCAGCACUGUCAGCUACUCCCGGGAGCAUCGUUACGCUGUAAAUCUGAAUAAAAGCAUUACCAUAAGUCAAGCUGGUGCAGCGAGUGUGCUAGCAAAACCCAGCAGUCGUUGGUACAGCUUGGGAAAGUGGGAAGAAAAACCAACACAUCAGCAAUUGCUCGCAAUAGCAGCGGUGGGGACAGAGCUGUAUCGCAGCCGUACGGGGACCCCGGCACUACGACCCGGGAACGGAACAGUGUUUGCCGUCAGCCUGCUCAAGCUUGCCGUCAAAAUGUGGAACCGCCUCUCGCCGACCAAUUCCAAUAGACUGUUGCACGAUAAUGGUAAAGAUCAUUGCAAUAACCCUCCCAAACACAGCCAUAACACAUAGCGUAUCACUCUGGAAGGCCCGGAUCCGCCCUGGAUGCAAGGCCCCCUCAAGGUUGCGUUUCUGGGGGCCUCCGGCGUUGGACGCACCAGCAUCCUACAGCAAUUUUUCAAGCACGACUUUCCGAAGGACCACAUCCGCACCAGCAAGCGGACCGUCUACCGGAGCUGUCUGGUCUGUGAUACCUGCAUACGGGAGCUGAUGGUACUGGAUGUGCCACCGCAGAAGUACUUCCCGAUCGAUAAUCUGGCCGAGUGGAACAAUGGCAACCCGCUAGGGCUGCGCACGGUUCACACGUACGUGCUGGUGUACGACAUGGGGAAUCUGGACACCUUCCAGUACUGCCGCAAUAUGCGUGAUCAAAUUUUAGAAAGUUUCAAUCAUCGUGAUUUUAAGAUAAUGGUUGUGGGCAACAAGGUUGACAUGGUAUCAAACCCUCAUACUCAGGAACUGAAGGACAUUUCCACCCUCGUCCGGAAGCACUGGCGCUGUGGCUACGUUGAAUGUUCGGCAAAACACAACUACAAAAUUGGAGACAUUUUCAAGGAGAUGAUGGGAUACCCGGUGGGCGGCACGGCACCGAAGCUAGAGUUCUCGCAAUCUAUUGGUUCAAAAAAUCGUUGCACAAUACUCUAGUAGUAGCUGAACUGGAGGUUUCCUCCAACACGCCUCACGAUUGCAGCUAAUGGAAGCGGGUAACCCCGGCAAAAAGGCAUACGGCUAAAUCCAUCCAUGCGCUUGGCUUGCAGCUUCAAAGCAACGGUUCCCGCCAAUUGGAAGGUGACCAGUCUCAGGCGUCCAGCAAACUUCGUCCAGCCAGGAAUGACCUACUCCACACGGCGACAUUUCCACCGACUCUAAUGCCUCUUAUUGCGGAUUGAUUUAUUUUUUUGCGAUGUAUACUAUUGUCCCCUUUUUCUCCCUCAGAUACAUGUGUGUGCAUGAAAGUGGCAGGGUCAAUGAAGCGUUUUGAACAGAAUCGGAAGUAAAGCCUAUUUCCCCAUCAAAAACCAUCCACCAACUCCAACGGAUUAAAAGCAAAAACCUUUUUACUUUGUAGAGGAGAUGUCGUUUGAAAAACUGUAAUUAACAAAGUGUACUAAAACAAACCAGGUAGUAGACCAGCCGAUGUAGACGGAUAUAUCAAGGAUAUUAUAGCACACAGUUACACACAGCACACCUAACCUCAAUGUAUUGGGCAGCCGCCAAUAGGAACCACAACACUAGCCAUCCGAGUUAGCCAAACCAAUCCAAUCACCGUUAUCAUUAUCGUCAUCAUCGACUAGUAGACGACAUGUUUUACGCUCCCCGGUGUGUACAUACAAAAAAGGACCCACACGAUUUUUACGUGAUUUCAAAAGCGAUAGACAAUAACGGUUACCAUUACCAUUUACAUGGGUGGGCGCGGGUGCUUCUGUUUGGGCACCUGGAUAUUUCGGCGGCACGUAGAAAAAAACCCUUUUGCCGUAGUAGCAGUAGUAGAUGCGUAUUAGUGGCCAUGUAUGUAUAAGCCAAGCUGUGUGUGUGUGCGUGUGUGUAUGUAUGUUUGUACGUGUGAGUGUUUUUGCAUUUGACAUGUGUUCGACAGUGCACCAUUGUGGCUUUGCAGCUUUGUUUUUGUGCAGUAAUAGAACGAGUGUGAUUGCUUUGGACGAUGGGUUUGCAAAAGAUGCUUCCGAAGUUACCGAGUUGUUGUUAGAAGCGUUCGAUGCGUAGUAGUUCCGUUAGCUGCCGUGCGACUGAAUCAGAGCGUUAGCUGAUUUGUUAAGGUUACUUAGUGCCGCCGUAGGACGGUGGGCAGUAGUCGUGCAUGUUUCGUUGUUAGCUCGAUUAGUUAGCUCGUUAAUGGACAGUGUUGUUAAGCGAGUUAUGGUUCAGGUGUAAACCGACUUAAACAUGAUGAGGUACUCUGCACUACUAUAGCUGUACAGGUUGUAGUUUGGUGUAUCAUUGACUGUAGGAAAGCAAACAGUAGUGUGUGAUUAUUAACUAACAGACAAAAUAAUUCGUUACAAGCUACUGUCUUGAGUUUUAUUCCAAAUAAAUAACACAUGCCUCAACGCUCCUCUUCUGGAAGGUGCCUGGGUAUGUGUACAAAUUCUAACCAGCCCUAGAAAGUGAUAUCGUGAGUAAACCAUCCUCAGCCAAAAACAAAAAUCCACAAAAUAACAAGAAGAAAGCAUUACUCUAGCUAUCAUUUGAUCAUGUUUAAUGCGGUACAGCUGUAAAACUGUAAAAAAAUAUAUCAAAAUUGGCCAAAUUAUCGUUAGACGUAAAAGAGCGAAUGAGGCUACUCGUGAACGAAUGGCGGCAAAGGGGCUAAGAAUGGACUGAACGACGGCAACACACUGUUAUCGAAUAAUGAAUCAAGCAAUGUUAGUUGAAAAAUAAAAUAAAAGUAUCUACCCUGCAGAAGGGUAGCAUAAUGGAA